AUGCCUCCCAUCAGCGCAAAGCAAGGUGACCAAUUUCCUGAAUACGACUAUCUGGUCAUUGGCGGCGGUAGUGGUGGAAUAGCUUCCGCUCGUCGUGCAGCAGAGUACGGUGCCAAAGUAGGAUUGAUAGAAGGCACUCAUCGACUCGGAGGAACAUGUGUCAACGUUGGAUGCGUUCCCAAGAAGAUCAUGUGGUAUACCGCCGAUGUGGCCGAUACUCUUCGUAAAGCUGCCCCGUAUGGUUUUGGCAAUCCUGAAGAUGCCAAGAAGAUGUACGAGAACUUUGACUGGACCACUUUGAAACAUAAGAGGGAUGCCUAUAUCAAGAACCUCAAUGGGAUAUACGAACGUAAUUUACUAAACUCCAAAGUGGACGAACACCAAGGCUGGGCGUCUUUCGUCGACCGCAACACUGUUCAAAUCAAACAAGAUGACGGAAUCACCUACCAAGUCCGAGCUAAAAACAUAUUGAUUGCUGUCGGAGGUCGACCAACCAUUCCUUCAGACGAAACCAUCCCUGGGGCUUCUUAUGGAAUAGACUCUGACGGGUUCUUCGACUUGGAAACACAGCCAAAACGAGUUGCCGUCGUUGGUGCUGGUUACAUUUCCGUCGAACUUGCAGGAGUGUUCAACACACUCGGCACGGAAACGCAUUUGAUCAUCCGAUACGAUCAAGUUUUGCGAACGUUUGAUCCUAUGCUUUCCGAUACUUUGAUGCCUUACAUGGAAAAAACAGGGAUGACAGUUCAUAAAUCUUCUCACGUAAAAAAAGUUGAAAAAACAUCAACAGGUUCUCUUCUCGUAUACGUUGACUCCCUCGACAAACCUCUGGAAGUCGACACUUUACUAUGGGCCAUCGGACGUCAUUCCAACACUGAAAAACUCAACUUAAAGUCCGUCGGCGUAGAGACAAACGAUAAAGGUGAUGUUGUAGUGGACGAAUAUCAAGUUUCCACCGUACCUAACAUAUUCGCCGUUGGGGAUGUAGCAGGGAAAUAUCUCUUGACUCCCGUGGCUAUAGCUGCUGGAAGACGAUUGAGUAAUCGUUUAUUUGGACCGGAAAAGUUCAAAAAUCAAAAGUUAUCUUAUGAGAAUAUCCCAAGUGUCGUCUUUUCCCAUCCGACUAUAGGUACCACUGGAUUGACUGAACCGGAAGCAAGGAAGAAGUAUGGGGAUGAGAAUGUCAAGAUAUAUAAGACUUCGUUCAAAGCAAUGUCUUUUGCCAUGGUGGAAGAUGAACACAAACAACCUACGGCUUACAAACUCGUCUGUGUCGGACCUGAAGAGAAAGUCGUUGGACUUCAUAUCAUAGGUCAAGGAAGUGAUGAGAUGCUUCAAGGAUUCGGCGUUGCGGUCAAGAUGGGAGCUACCAAAGAAGAUUUCGAUUCUUGCGUCGCUAUUCAUCCCACUUCCGCCGAAGAGCUAGUCACUUUACGUUGAUACUCUCGUCUUUGUCCAAAACAUAAGUGGUUCGACAUAAAAUGCAUGCAAUGUUCAGAUAUG